UGCGAACUCUAAUUAGACAAUGGGCAAAGGUGGUCGAAUGCCAGAAUCGAACGGUGAGCCAAAGGGAGGAGAAGAGAAAGACAAUGUACUCCGACGAGUUCCCCAUGAAAAGCCACCAUUCACGCUUGCAGACAUCAAGAAGGCCAUUCCAGCCCAUUGUUUCGAGCGCUCGCUUCUUAGAUCAUCAUCCUACCUCAUUUAUGAUUUAACUGUUUGUUUCCUCCUCUCCUAUGCAGCCACAAACUACAUUAACCUCCUCCCGGAACCUUUAUCUUACGUUGUAUGGGCGGCUUAUGUUUAUGUUCAAGGUUGUUUCAUGUUUGCUGUAUGGGUCGUUGCCCAUGAAUGCGGCCACCAUGGCUUCAGCGACUAUCACUGGCUCAACGACACUGUUGGAUUUGUUCUUCAUUCUCUCCUCCUCGUCCCUUACUUUUCUUGGAAAAUUAGUCACCGUCGUCACCAUGCCAACACUAAUUCUCUUGAUCGCGAUGAGAACCAUGUUCCUCGAUUUAAACAGACUAUCCGACCUUAUUACCGUUACUUCAACAAUCCAGUAGGCCGAGUUUUUAUCAUUGCAUUCACCCUCACCUUAGGAUGGCCUUUGUACUUGAUCGUAAACAUAGCCGGACGAACAUACGAUCGACAUGCUUCCCAUUUUGACCCAUACAGUCCCAUCUACUCCGAUCGUGAGAGAGUUCAAAUCUUGUUAUCAGAUAUUGGUUUCCUUGCCGGAUGCUAUUUGGUGUACAAGGUUGCUUUAGUAAAAGGCUUCACAUGGGUGAUGCUUGUCUACGGAGCUCCUCUACAUGUUGUCAAUGGAUUCUUGGUGAUGAUUACUCUUCUGCACCACACUCAUCUUUCUCUACCUCAUUAUGAUUCUUCCGAGUGGGACUGGCUGAGAGGAGCUCUGGCCACAGUCGACAGAGACUACGGAAUUCUGAACAAAGUGUUCCACCACAUAGCUGAUACUCAUGUGCUUCACCAUUUGAUCUCCAGCAUCCCACAUUAUCAUGCUGAGGAGGCAACUGAGGCGAUCAAGCCCGUGUUGGGGGAUUACUAUCAUUACGAUCCCACUCCGUUUUACGUGGCAAUGUGGAGAGAGGCUAAGGAAUGUCUCUAUGUCGAGGCAGAGGAUGGUGAUAAGGCCAGAGGAGUCUACUGGUUCCAAAAUAAGCUUGAGAGUUAAGUGGUGUCUUUAAUGAUAAUGAGCAGAUAAAUCCUGGUAUGCGGACAGCUGAUAUGAUGCAAUUUGAUAUG